AUGGCUGACCGGGCUUCUCGCCGCAUAUCUACAAUGGAAAGCUGGAAAGAUAUGAGAACUAGCGUCUACUUUGCAGCAGGAAAUGGCUUCCGAGCAUUAUCUGUCCAACAACAGUUCGAUCCCGAAAGAUACGACAAUGAUGAAAGAGUUGCAGAAACACGCAUCUCGAAGCGGGUAUCAAAUCUCUACGCAUACGGGACUUACCGCAACUACGACACAAGAUCCGAGUACGGGGAAAGUAGACAAUUUGACUUGGAGCAGAAGCAGAUGGAUUAUGUGUACACGUCAGAUAGUUAUGCUCCUCCCCCUCCUCCACCUCUUAAUCCAUUUCAUGACGCCCACGCCACAAGGUCAGAGGAGGGCGAGUCACGUAAUCCGUUCGUAGAUGCCUAUAGAGUGGAUCCCCCGUUGCAUGAAAAGCUACCAAUGACGCCUAUGCCAGAGGAGCCGUAUCACAUCUUCUCACCAAAGCAGAAGUGGACUCUUGUCAUUAUCAUUGGUGUGGCUGGAUUAUUCUCUGGACUGUCCUCGAAUAUUUUCUUUCCAUCUCUAGAUGCCAUCUCAAAGGAUUUAAAUGUCAGCCUUAACACCGUGGCAUUUACCAUAACAUCGUACCUCAUCAUUCAGGGCAUUUCUCCUGUGUUCUGGGGUUCUCUCGCCGAUACCUUAGGACGUCGACCAAUCUAUAUGGCCUCUUUCAGCGUGUACAUCAUCGCCAACAUAGCCCUCAGCUUCUCUCCCAAUUUUGCUGUCUUAUUGAUAUUCCGAGGAAUACAAGCUGCUGGGAGCGCUUCAACUGUCAGCAUCGGAAAUGGUGUGAUACAGGACAUUACCCCUCCUGCCGAAAGAGGUGCGUAUAUCAGCUUCUACCAGGCCAUCCGUAAUUUCAGCAUCGCUGUUGGUCCCGUCAUAGGUGGUAUCCUUGCCAAUUUCUUUGGGUUUCGGUCAAUCUUCGUGUUUCUUUUGAUCCUAUCAUCAUUGACACUCAUUGUUAUCAUUAUGUUUCUGCCAGAAACAUUACGCAGCAUUGCCGGAAAUGGCUCCUUGCGGUUGUCCGGCAUUUACCAGCCUCUCAUUCGUCGAGUGCAGACUGAACCAUCGUACAUGGAAGAUCCCGACAAGGAUUUCGUUCAAAAGAAAAUCACGUUCACAACAUUUAUCGAGCCGCUCAAGCUUCUCUAUCGGAAGGACGUCUUGUUCAAUCUGUUAUUUGGUGGUGUUGUCUACACAAUCUGGAGUAUGGUUACAUCCAGCACCACGGGACUUUUCAAAGAUCAGUUUGGGUUAAACGAGUUACUUCUAGGGGUUGUUUUCCUACCUAAUGGUCUAGGGACGAUCGUCGGCUCAGCCAUCAUUGGAAAAUUGAUGACCAAUGACUUCAAGGCAGCAGAGGAAACUUACCGAAAAGUGAAUAAUUUGCCAUUAAGCUACAAGCUCCCCUCGAAAAACCUGCCAUCGAACUUCCCUAUCGAGCAAGCCCGCCUUCGCCACCUCUCAUGGAUCACAGCCAUCUUCGUCGUUGCUACUGGUAUAUACGGCUUUACGCUCUCUAUACACUCCGUAUUACUGCUACCAGAUUGGAUUGCCGUUCCUCUCUUCCUCCAAUUUCUCAUCGCCGCAACAAGCAAUGCAAUCUUUGCGCUCAACCAAACCUUGGUUUCUGAUCUGUGUCCCGGGAAAGGAGCGAGUAGCACAGCAAUUAACAAUCUUGUUCGGUGUGGCCUUGGUGCUGUCGGUGUCGCAUUUGCUGAGACCAUGAUUUUCUCGAUUGGUGCCGGAGCAACCUUUCUCGGGCUUGCGCUCAUAGUUGUUGCGUGUACUCCCCUAGUAGUUGUGAACUGGUAUAGUGGGCCCGGAUGGAGAGCAGAGAGAACAAAUACGCAGGAAAACUAG